GGUGCCGGACCAUCGUAUUCCUCUUAUCCUGAGGAACCUCAGACUGUGAGGGACGGUGCCGUCCUUCCAAAACAUAAGAGGUUUUUCUGUAUUGAGUGCGGUAAGCGUUUUUCAAAGAAUGAACAUCUUUCCAUUCAUCAGAGGUCUCACUCAGGGGAGAAGCCAUUUUCUUGUCCUGAGUGUGAGAAAUGUUUUUCACAGAAGUCCCAUCUUGAUAAUCAUCAGAGAUUGCACACAGGUGAGAAGCCGUAUUCAUGUGCUGUGUGCGGAAAAUGUUUUGUGCAAAAAUCAACGCUUGUCAAACAUCAGAGGUCUCACACGGGGGAAAAGCCGUAUUCCUGUCCUGAGUGCGGGAAACUUUUUUCACAGAAAUCCCAUCUUUACAGACAUCAGAAAUUACACACAGGGGAGAAGCCACUUUCCUGCCCUGAGUGUGGGAAAUUAUUUUCACAGCGGUCCCAUCUGUACAGACAUCAGAGAUCUCACACAGGGGAGAAGCCAUAUCCAUGCCAUGAGUGUGGGAAGUGUUUUGCUCGAAAAUCCGAAGUUGUCGUACAUCAGAGAUCUCACACGGGGGAGAAGCCGUAUUUUUGUCCUGCAUGCGGGAAAUGUUUUUCACAGAAGGCACAUCUUUACAAUCAUCAGAAAUCUCACACGGGGGAAAAGCCAUAUUCAUGUACUACUUGUGGGAAAUGUUUUUCACAGAAGGCACAUCUUGACAGCCAUCAGAGAUCUCACACGGGCGAAAAGCCUUUUUCCUGUUCUGAGUGCGGGAAAUGUUUUGCAAAUAAAUCAGAUAUUGUUACACAUCAGAGGUCUCACACAGGGGAGAAGCCGUAUUCUUGUUCUGAGUGUGGGAAAUGUUUUUCAGGGAUGCCCAAUCUUUACAGACAUCAAAGAUCUCACACAAGGGAGAAGCCAUAUUCCUGUCCUGAGUGCGAGAAAUGUUUUUCAAGGAAGUCCCAUCUUUGCAGGCAUCAGAGAUCUCACACGGAGGAGAAGCUCCUUUCCUAUCCUGAGUGAGGAAAUUGUUCCUCACUGAAGUCCUGUCUUCCUGUACAUCAGAGAUCUCACACAACCCUCGAGGUGUAUUAGUGCCUUGA